GGUUUGUGAGCUUUCUGAGACUCCCCUUAGCGCCGGAGCUCCGAGCUUUUGGCCAUGGUGCGGCGCUGGGUGAAAGCCGGCGACAGAGGCUCGGCUGGCAAAGCCGUCACGAGCGAGAGCAGCGAGAGCAUUUCGAGCCGAAGGUCGCGGGUCAACGUGGUCUGGCACAAGUGGUCGGACCUGCGCCUGCUGGACCACGAGCCCUUGUGGCGUGCCCACGCGCAGCCGGAGCCGGUUCUGCACGUGCACCUCGUGGAGCUUCCGCUGCUGUCGGGCGCCUCCCGGGUGGCGCGCAUCGCCCGCUGCUCGCCGCGACGGGCCCAGUUCUGGCGCCAGGCGGUGGAGGACUUGGCGGGUCGCUUGGCCGAGAGGAACCAGCACCUGGUUGUGAAGGCCGUCCAGGAUCCCGCCGAGUAUUUCUCGGAGCUAUGUGAACGGCUGGCAGUGGCCAAAGUCUUCGCGCACCGCGAGUUCUGUGAUGAAGAGCUGCAGACAGAGGCCGCCGUGCGCGCGGCGCUGGCGCGGCACGGCGCGGAGCUGGAGACCUGCUGGGGCGCCCUGACAGUGCACCACAUCGAUGACUUGGGCUUCGAUGCAAGUGACAGGAAGCAGAUGCCGCUCUACAAGGGAGAGUUCCAGAAAGCGGCCAAGUGGCGGCCCAUUCGCGAGGUGCUGCCCAUCCCACCGCUGCGGCCUCCGCCGGCGGUUGCCGCGGAGUUGGGCGCGUCCUUGGAGGAGACCUUUGGUGCGGAGGUGCCGGAGGAGGAGCGGCAAACGUUCCGGUGGCAAGGUGGGGAGUCAGCUGCGCUAGACUACCUCAGGAAUUACAUGGAGUCGGGCCAGUUGCCUCGAUACCGGGGCGCCACCGAGUCCUUUGCCCAUGGAGAUGACAACCCCGUGAACGGGGGCACACGUUUGAGCCCCUGGCUGGCCUUUGGCUGCCUCUCCGCGCGCGUGGUGGUGAAAGAGGCGCGAGAGUGGGAGCGGCGGCAUGGCAAGAGCAGCUCCACUGCCAAGGGCGUGGGCAAAACGGGCUCCACUGGGGCGCGGCUCCACACGGAGCUGCUCUUCCGGGACUUCCUGCGGUUCUCGGCGCUGGCCUGGGGCACCUCCUUGUUCAAGAUCGGAGGACCCUUCGACGUGAAAGGCCUGACGUGGCGAAGGGACAAGGAGCUCUUCGAGAAGUGGCGCCAGGGACAGACAGGCUUCCCCUUUGUUGACGCGGGCAUGCGCGAGCUGGCAGCCACCGGAUACAUCUCCCACCUUCACCGGCAGUGCUGCGCAUCUUUUCUGAUCCGGGAUCUGCAGCUGGACUGGCGCAUGGGCGCCGAGCACUUCGAGGCCUGCUUGCUGGACCAUACGCCGGACGCCAACUGGGGGAACUGGGCCUACCGCUGCUUGCAACGCCCGUGUUUGGUGCAGACUCGGGCCCAGUACCCGGUGAACGAGCACGUGACCACCGUGGAGGUGGUGGCUUGGCCGGUGGUGCAUGAUGCGCAGCUGGAGCACACCUUGCGCUGGCUUCCGGAACUUGCUGGGCUGCCCAAGGAUCUGGCGCGAGAGCCAUGGAGGACGGAGGCCAGGCCGGACAAGCGCAUCAAGAUCAAGCCCUACAAGGACUCCCCCCUGUGGUUCUGCGCGGCAAACCGCACCAACUGGGACUAUGAGUACUUCUGGCUCCCGGGCCACGCCUGGACCCUGAAGCUGGGGGAGUCGGAGCAUCAUGUUGGAGGCUUUCGCCUGGGCGUGGACUACCCUCGUCCCCUGGUGCCGCCCUUGAACGUGGAGAUCGACCUGGACGCGCUGCCCUUGAAGCGCUUUGUGUGGGGUGACACGACGCCAGAGCUGCGGCCACACAUCUGGGGAGGCUCCGCUCCGCGCGCCGCAGAGGCUCCGCAGGAGAAGGGUUACGGCAAGAGCCGGGGAAAAGGCAAGGGGUCGCCGCACGGAGAGGGUCAGCAGCUUGGGCUGCGAGGACUGGCCGCAGUCCUUGGCAACGCCGUGGAAAGCCGUGAAAAACAGCCCGCAGACCGGGGGGACCCCAUCACGUCCAUCUCGGUGAUCGGGGGCGAUGGUGGCUCUGCGCCGAGCAAAGUCAAGCUGUACAUCAACCGGGAUGACCUUGACUUCACCACAGUUGGGGACGUGGAAUCGACGCAGGAUGUGGACCUGGUGGAAGACUUCCAUGGAGCGAUCCAGUUCCCGCUCCGCGCCGCCAAGUUUCUGUCAGUGACCAGCGUGUGCCUCUACUUCCCGCAAAGCUUCGGCGGGGAGCGCACGCGGAUCCACUGGAUCGGGCUGUGGGGCGUUGGCACGGACCACAAGCGCCAGGCUGUGAUGACAGUCUAUGAGGCGCGUCGGUGA